AACGUUCACGCGCACGCACAAACAAUAACGGCUGGACCGUUGAACUUCGAAGUGGAAGUGGAAAGACUGGACGGAGAAGUUAUAUAUUAUUCAGUAUCUGCUGCUAAAACCAGAAAACCUGGAUAUCUCAGCCCGUUCUGGGCUCAGGAACUCUCUACACUGGAUUAGGACUUGUGUAUUUUGUGUGUGACAGACUACUGACAACUUUUAAACGCUCAACAAGUUUGGAGAGACGGAGAUAAACUACCUAAAGUAACUUAGCUGGAGUGAACGCGGAGAGUAAAUGCACCCACCAUUUCUCAUGUCGCAGUGUUGCUUGCCCACCAUGCUGCUGAUAUGCUUCAUCUGAGCACUUUUCUAAAGAAGGAUCAUUACAAGACCAUCACUGGAUCCUAGUCAAGCUGCAUAGAGGACAGCAUUUUCCAGUUUCCCCUAAACUUCCAAGAGUAAGCGUGGAGUAUGUGGGCCAGUUGUUGUAACUGGUUCUGCUUGGACUCAUCCACCGUGGAAGAAAACAAUACAAUUAGAACCAACUCACGUAACCAGGCGUACACCAACUCUGGCUACAGUAGCUAUCCAUCUCCACCACCCCCAGACCACACAUGCAAGGCCUGUGGAGGAACCUUUGAUAAUCGUGCCAGGAAGCAUAUAUGUGUGGACUGCAAGAAGAGUUUUUGUGGCCACUGUUCUGCACAAAGGGAGGCCCAUCCACGAAUGUGCCAUACCUGUCAUCGCUUCCAUGGCACGAUGUUUGAGCGGGCGGAGUUAAUGAAGCUAAAAGUAAAGGACUUGCGGGACUAUUUGCACUUACAUGAAGUUCCUACACAAAUGUGCAGAGAGAAGGAGGAACUUGUUGACCUGGUUCUUGGCCAGCACACACCUACCUCUGACACCUCCACACCAACCCCAUUGAACGAUCUCACCCCCUCAUCUGAACAGGAAGCCCCCUCUGUACCAACCCCAGCAACAACGCAACCGCAACACCAACCCCGCACAGGGAGCAGUGCUACGACCGAAGUGCCUUCACAGUCACAGGCAACAGGGGAUGAGCAGAGCCCAUCAGUGGCAGAGGAACCAGCUCAUAUUGAGGUGGAGACAGAGCUUCAGGGGGAGCAGGAGUCUCAGUCUUCAGACUCUGAGGAGGUUUUGCCUCCUGGACGUCGGGCGUCGCUGUCAGACCUGAAUUCAGUGGAGGACAUUGAGGCUCUGAGUGUGCGCCAAUUAAAGGAAAUCCUAGCUAGGAAUUUUGUCAACUACAAAGGCUGCUGUGAAAAGUGGGAACUGAUGGAGCGAGUCACACGUCUCUACCACGACCAGAAGGAUCUGCAGAACUUGGUUUCCAAUACCAGUGAUGGAACGGACACCACAGUUGGACAGAGCGGUGAAGAAAACCUGUGCAAGAUUUGCAUGGACUCACCAAUCGACUGCGUGCUCCUGGAAUGUGGACAUAUGGUCACCUGCACAAAGUGCGGCAAGCGCAUGAACGAAUGCCCCAUCUGCAGACAGUACGUGGUUCGGGCCGUGCACGUUUUCCGAUCCUGAACCAGCUCUUGAACAGAAAGCUAAAAUAAU